AUGACAGAACGGUUGCAUCGCCAUGCUGACAAAUUCCACUCAAAGAGGCAGCGGCAGCAUGUGGUGCGGAAAUAUUUCCUAGCCCUGCGUGGCUUCGACAAAGCUGCGGCGCAGCAGCAUGCCGCCCAUGUGGCUGGAUGGCUAGCCUAUGGCCCCCAAGGCUAUUCUCCGAAUGAGGCCGAACUUCGGCUGCUAAGCAAGUUUCUGGACAGGCUCGGAAGCGGCAUCCUUCCUGCACGCUUGCAGCAGGUGCUGCCAGAUGUGCUGACAGUGUUGCAGUCGCCCGGAGCUCCGCGAGCCGACGAAACCUGGGCGCAGGCUGCGGAUGCUCUGAUGAGGAAGCUGAAGAAGUUCCGGUGCUGCCGGCAGGGACGGGCAGAUGGCCGGCGACCGGGGGAUGAACUCCGCAGCUCAGCCAAGGAAUCCACAGCUCAGCCUAUGGACCAAGAUGAAAGCCAAGGCCACCAGCAGACUGCCCCGAGAGGUGCAGAGACAACACAGAGCCAUCUGCAUCCAGCCCCCGAUAACUUGCAGCAGCUUUUCAGAAAGAAGGCUGAGUGGACGAACAUGCGUCCCACGGAGCGAGCGGAGUGCCUGCUCCGCGCAGAGGCUGUGGUCCUUUCCGAGCAGGAUAUGGUUCAGGGAAGGCUCUCCGAGGUCUUGCACCAGGUGGCCGCUGCCUUGGCCCCUCCUCGCAAAGCCACGUGGCAACUUGAUCCCCAAGACAACAAGACCGAGCAGGAUCUGCAAGAGAGUGGCCUUGAUACUUCUGACCCUUGCGGUGGGCUGCAGCGCCGCGCUCGGAAGUUGCUGCUUAAGGUCUUGCGGGCCUGGCGCACAAAUCAAUUUGAUUGCGGGUCCAUCCGUCACCUCUUGGAGCAUGUGAAGAGGCAGAUUCAAUGCUUCGAGGAGAAAGCGAACCAGCUCUGCUUCGCAGCAGCUGCCACCGCGUGGCUAGCCAUCCAAAGAGAAGUGCAGCUUUUGCUGCAAAGUGCGGAUGAGUUCGACGGGCUGCCAGUGCGUCGCAGGAAGCCGAGGUGCACAGAGUCCAAUUGGGUUGGCAACGGUGUGAAGAAGACGGCCAUGCUGACAGCAAUGCAGGAACUCGGUGGAAGGGCCACAUACAGACAGCUGUUGGAACAUGUGCGGAGGAACCCGCAUGUAUUCGGAAAUGCAGAUCACGGCACCAUCGAGCGCAGCUUGAAAAGCUUUCGUGCGCCGGCAUACUUCCAAGUGCGAGGCAAGGAGAACGGAGAAGAUGUUUUCGGCCUGGCCGCCCCUUGCCCCAAAGGUGUCCGACGACAGACACGCGGCUUCACAGCGCGGAUGAACGUCGGUACCUCAUGCUGCGUAGGUCCUCUGAGGUCGACUGCCGAGCAAGCGAGUAGGGACUAUCACCAGCUGCAGGAAUGGCGAUCUGAAAUGACAUCCGAAGCUCUUUUUCAGCACCUGCGCAACUGGCAAGGUGCGUACGUUGUCAGCUCAAAGCAUAGGCAUCAAGUUUGUGUCGCUGACAAGGAAAAGGCGAAGCAUCCGGAGUGGUAUCCUGAGUUGUCCUCCCACUCGUCGGACAAGCAGAUUGCCAGAGCGCUAUACAUGCCGGGGCCUGAGGGGUUAAGCACGAAGCUUCGAGACGGAACGACUCGAAAAGCGUGUGUCGAUAGGGCAUAUGCGUAG